AUGUCAUAAAAAGUUAAUAAGGAUUAAAUAAUUGAAAGUAAAGAUAAUAGUAAUUAAAUUAUCAGUCAUAGUUAAGAGUAGCAAGAAAUCCCAUAAAGUUUAUAAUAAUUCUAAUUAAAUAGUGCAAGCGAACUCUCUAUUCAGCAAAAUCAUGUUUUUUCAUCUAAAUAAAAUAUAAAUAAUGUUAAUGAUGAAAUAUAAUUUCAAAUUCAAUCAAAUAUGUAGAAUUAACAGUAAAAAUGUUAAAAUUAGAUUGUUUAAAAUGGGUUAUAAUAUAUGUAAGAAGGAUCAUAAUAUAGCCACUUAUAAUAAUAAUAAUAUAAUGAAUAGGUUUCUAACCAAAAUUCUACAUUAGCACCUAUAAAAUAGUAAAAUAGUAAUGGAUUAAAUACUAUCCCAUAAUUAGUUAUAGGUAAUAGCUAAACAGUAGAGAGAAAAGGUAUUUUAAAAAAUGCUCAAGCAGUUUAUUAAACAGAUUCGAGUAACUCGUUAUCAUAGCCUGUAUCUACUUCUUUGUAUAGAAACUAAAAAAAUAUAAUAUAGAUAGACAAAUUAUAGCACAUGUAAUAGAUUAAUUAAUAGAAUAAACUUAGAUUGAAAGAGAACAGCUAGUCAGAAGGAAAUAUUUUGGAAUAAAGCAGCUUAAAAGCAAAGGAUUUAAACGAUUUUUCUUUAAAUCAUAAAUUAUAAAACCAUAUUUUGUAAUAACACUUAAGGGGAAUACAACAAAACUUUUGUAAUUAAGAUGGAUUUAAAAGCAAUUAGUAAUUAUAAAUGAAAAUGAAUCAAUAUAUACAAGAUAAACUAGCAAAGCUAAAUGAUUAAAUUUAAAGUUAAGGAUAAUAAAUAGAUGUAAUAAAUUUUUAAUGUAAUGAUAUAAAUAUUCAGAAUUUUCAAAGCAUGAAUUCCUCAAAUUUACCAAAUUACAAUUAAGACGAUGAAUAUGAAGAUGUUGAAGAAGAUAUAGAGGAAGAUGAGGAUGAUGAAAUGUUAGAAGGAUUUGAUUGUGAAGAUGAAGAAGAGGAUGACGAUGAAGAGGAAGAUGAUGAUGAGGAGGAAGAUAUAGAAGAAGAUAUUGACAAUUAAGAAAAAAAUAAUUAUUUGAAAAACCAAGUCAAUAAUAAAAAAUUUUAAUUUAGUUAUUAGAUGGAUAUUGAUGGUUUACGAAAAAAAAGAAUAGAAAUGAAUAAAGACCAAAAAAAUAGUACUGUUAUAGUUAACAUCAAAGCUUUAAAAAAAAAUGAUGAUAAUAGUGAUGGUUUUUCAAUAUUAAAUUCAAAAAUUUUAAAUAAUUAAAAGUAAAUAAUGACAUCAACUAAUGAUUUUAUGCCCAAAGAAAAUGCUGUGAUUAAUGCUUUCAAUUAAAAUAUUUCUUCGAUAGCAAAAGAUGGAUCUCUCAUUUCAUAAAUUUUAAAAGAAAAGCAAAUUAAAAAAAAUAGUUAACAAGAUAUUAGAAUUCAAUAACAUCAAAUAUAAAUUCAGCAAUAAAUUGAGUCUAUAAGUAAUUUGUAUGCUGAUGCUUUGGAGUUUUAGAAAUCAAAAUAAAUAAACAUGUAAAAAGUAUAAUAUAUAAAUCAAUAAAAUUUAAACUAUGGAGUAAAAAACUCUGUAAAUAGCAAAAUUAAUCAUUUACCUCAUGUAAUCAAAGACUCAGAAAAUAAUAACUUAAAUAAAAAUUCAGUUUAAUAGAAUAUUUUAAUUGAUGAAAGUAGGGUCAAUCAUUAAAAUGCCUAGAUUUCAGAUCAAAAAAUUUAAAAAGCACAAGCAGAAAAUAAUAAUAAUAAUUAUAAAAAUAAAAAUAAUUGUUCGAAAAUAUAGUUUUCUCCUGAUGUCAAAAAUAUAUUCGAUCAAUUAGAGGUUCUUAAUUAUAGUGAAAAGAAAAGAGCUACUAUGGUUAAAGAAUAAGAGUUUAAUGCUGAAAUGCAAAAUAUGAUAGAUUGCGUAGGUUGUAAAGAAAGCUUACAUUAAUUUUUAAAUGAUUUAAUUUAAUAAGCAAAUAUAAAUUAAGUUACAAUUAGCUUUGAUGGGAUAUUUGUCAAUAAAAAUAGAGAAAUCGGAAUCUUAGAAAACUUUCUUGAAAAUAAUUUCAACAUUGCCUCAUUUCUCUAAUUCCACUAAAAUAAAUAAAGCAUGCUUGAAAAUUUGAAUAGAAAUUUUAAUUUAUUUAAAAAAUCAAUUUGCUAAAGAAAUUAUAGAUGUAAUUUACACUCAAAAAAACCAAUCCCUUGUCUUAUGAAAGAUAAUUUUGAACAACUAUUUGAUCCUGACUUUUCUUCAAAAGACGAAGCAAUUGAAAUAGAGGAAUCACUUUUUCUAUCAAAUUUAGAUAAAUAUUUAAAAAAGAGAAAAUUCUGUGGAACUUGCAAAGAAAAUAUUUUGGGUGAGUAUUAGAAAUUAAAAAAAAAUAUUGAAAUAGAUUAAGAGGAAGAUUAGUAUUUAUAUGAUGAAUUUUAAAAUAAAAUAAAUGAUUAAGUCUACAGCUAGUGUGAUAAUUGUGAUUCAUAAUGUCAUCAAGAAUUAUAAAUAUAAGAAAAUUGUAUGGAAGAGUAAAAUUAAACAGAAUAUCAUGAAAAAUUGGAUUAAUAUAAUCAAAAGAGCGAAAGUCCUUCUGAUUAAAACAAAGAAGUUUUUUAUUAAAAUUGUGCUAACCCUUAAGAUAAUACUUAUGAGCAUAGCUAAAUUGAAGCUGAUGAUUAAGAAUUCGAAGAUGAAAUGGAAGAUGAUGAAGAAGAUGAAGAUGAAGAUGAUGGAGAUCUAGAUGAUGAAUAAUAUGACUUACUUAAUUAUAUAAAAUAUUGUCAUAAGACUAGAAAAAUUUCAAUACCAAUGCAAGUUGAUUUUAUUUAAGAAAUAAUGAGCAAAGCUUAAGUCGAUACUUCUCUUGUUAAGCAUGCUAAUACAACAGAAGCUGCUCAAGAUGAAUUACUAAUUUGUUUAGGUUAGACUCUUAAAGACAGGUUGUAAAAUGUUUGGAAAAACAAAAAAUCAGAAGAAAUUGUUAGAUAACUGUUUUUAAAUAUAUGUUAUAAAAUAUUUAUGACAUAGCUUUAAGGAUAAAUACAAAUAGCUAUGGAAAGAAAUGGUUGCAAAAACUCUCUUGAAGAAUACUUAGAAGAGGACGAAAAAACCAAAGAAGCUAAAAAGUUAAAGAAUUAAAAGAAAAAAUAAAAGCAAAAACUUAAAAAACAAGAAAAAAAAUAAGAGGAGUUAAAAAAACAAAUCGAGGAAGAACUAAAAAAAAAACAGGAAGAAGAGUUAAAGUAAAAGUAAAAGCAAGAAGCCAAAUUGUUAAAAAAAAAACAGGAUGAGCUAUAGCAAUAGCUUAAACAGAUAGAAGAAGAAUAAAAAAAGCUCAAAUAAUAAGAAUAGAAGAAGAAGAAGAAAAAUAAAAGAGGUAAUGAAAUUUAAUAAAAUAUUUAAGCAAAGGAAGAAGAUUAAGAUAUAAUAAAUCAAGAAGAUGAGUAAUAUGCUCAAGCAGGACCUAUUGAGGUCAAUAAAAAUAGAAUAUCAUAAGUGUAGACUAUGAAGGGCUAAGCUGCAGCAAAUGAUUAAUUAGAAUCAAAAGAAAAAAAAUAAUAAUAAUAAUAAUCAAAUUAAACAAAAAUUAAUUUUGAAAAUUAAAAUAAAAGAACAUAAAAAGAUAUUAUAAACAAUACUUAGUAAUAAGCAGAAGCAGAAGCUUGCUUUAAUCAGAAUUAAAAAAUAAUCUAAGCAGGUGUAGGAUAAUAAAAUACAUAAAUAAAACACAAUAAAAUUUAAAAUAAAAACAAUUUAAAUGAUUAAUAGAGUAAAUCUAGCUAAAUAGAUUAAGAAUCAAAUCAUCAAAACGAUAAUAACUCAAAGAUCUUUUGGGAAAGAGAAAGAAAAUUUUUGAAGUCUCUUGGAUGGAAAGAAGAACAAGAGUUAGUAAUAGAAAUUCCUUAAAUAGAAAUAAACAACUAUAGUAAAAAUAAAAACAUAUACGAUAAAGAAAGAGCAAAUUAUAGAAAAAUACUUCAUGAAAAAUUCCUUACAUUAAUAAAAAAAUACAAGAAUAAUUGA